UUAAGCAGUUUGACCAUCUAAUAUAUUGACAUCACAACAAAUAUGAAAUGUUAAAACGAUCCCUUUCAUGACAUAAUGGCUCUGUUUGUGGAAUUUACAUUCUAUAUGUUUUUAAUUAAAUAAAUUAUGUAAAUGUCUGUAAUAGUCUAAUUCCUGUUAAACUCCAAUGACCGUUUGACCUACAGACAUGAAACCAACUGCAAAACACUCCGAAUAUUAUUCUUUAUAUAGCACAAGACGAAGUGUUUUUGGGAGUAAAUGUUCAGUACUUUUUAUACAGAUUCAAUUACCUCUAUAAAUCUAUUAAAAUCAAAUAGCUAGCCGCUAAUCUGAGAUGAUAUUACAGAGUAAACAAAGUAAUUUCAUUUCAAAGUUAUGUGGCAGCUGAAGUAACUUAAUGUUGAGUGCAAAUGUAAUGAUGCAAGAAUUUAACCUUCAAAUUUUUUAUACAAAAAAAUUUUUUUUAUAUGAUUUAAUACAAGACUUAAUCUUAAGCCAUAUUUCAAAUACUGUUAGCUAGCCUACAUUUUUCAGCAGGCUAAUAUUAGCUAUCAAGCCAAACUACUUUUUUUUUUUUUUUAAGUCACUGCUUAUAUACAGUCAUGUCCACAAAAAUAUCAUUUUUGAAAGUUUCAAAUGCUAAAUGAAGUAAUAUGUGAGCUAAAAUGUACAUUUCUAGACUUUUCCUCAGGCGCAGUGGAAAUUUCCAGAAAAUGAACCUUGAUUCAAAGGGCCUUUUCUCUUUCAGGUCUCCAGCCUAGCAGGCAGUUAGACCCAUUAUCAACUCUCCAAGCUAAACACAGGUUUCUGAGGGAAAACCUGCAGUAUGACCACGUGUCAUUUAAUAUCAACACCACUUAAAGAGCUGUCAGAGUCUGCAUUUAAAACCUGUAGGGAAUAUGAUUGAUUUCUUUUCUUCUUCUUUUUUUUAUUCUAGGGUAUGUUUGUUUCCAGUCUGUUUUUGUUUGUUUGUUUGUUUGUUUUUGGCGCUUUUAAACUGAGCGCGCGAAACCUGACUGGAUUGUUCUGUGGGCGCUGUGAAGCGCGCGCGGAGUUAGUUCAAGCACAGCGUCACUAUACAGCUCGCGCCUGACGACCAGCACCAAGCAACGUCCACCGCCACAGCGCGCGCUGCACCCGCUCAUCUCAACCGCCGGAGCAGAAUAGAGCAGAGCACGUGCAGCCGUGCUGUCAUAGUGCGCCGGAAUGCACGAGCUCACGCACACACCCACACGCACGCAUGCACGCACCCACACACAGCUGCUUUUCAGUAAGGUUAGAACCACGGAGGUUUGCUUUGUUUUUGUUUGUUUGUUUGUUUGUUUGUUUAAAUAAGCGUGGGUUAAUAUAAAAAACAGUUUUCUGAUUUUCUGCAUGACAAAGGAGACUUGUAAUCACUUGUUAACUCUGUGGUACUGAGACAAAAUAUUUCUUAAAUUAUUUAUUUGUUUGUUUUCUAUUUGUUUUUGUUCCUGUUUUUUAUUUGUUUGUUUGUUUAAAGCAAGUGUGGGUUAAUUAAAACUGUUUAAUUUUUUUUUCCCAGAUUUUCUGAAUGGUAAAUGCGCUUUUGAAUUGUUUGCUGAUUUUGAGUUGUUGGAAAAGACUUAAAUGUAGACUAUAUUUAGUUUGUUUGUAUUUAUUUUUAUUUAUCUAUAUUAUUUCCAUUUUGUUAUUUCAGAACCAAUUCAGCUGAGAAGAUCACGAUGGACGCUGUGGAUCCCGUUCAACACUACCUGGGUAACGCCAUCGAGAUGAAUAGACAGCUCCAUGUCUGUGUGCAGAGGAAGCAGGAGGAGAUCUCAGCCCUAAAGGAGAGGAACGCUCAGCUGAAGGAGCUGGUCAAAGAGGCCGAGAUUUACGCUGCUGUACUGGACGCCUUCACACCGCAGCCUGAGAACACCUCAGAGUGUGUCUCACACCCAGCUUCAGAUUUCACACCACACUCGGACUCGUAUUCCGCGAGUACGGACCCGUCUGAAUGGGAUUUCGGUGCAGCUCAAGAGCCAUCUUGGCUCGAGUCUCUUCUCAGUCACACACCGCCAGAGGAGGAAGAGGAGUGGUCACAGAGAAUCCUGUCUGAACACACCAACACAGGAGUGAAGAGACAAUUAUGGCCGAGUGACGUCGAGUCCAGCAGCGCUGAUAGUCCUGCAAAGUGUCCGGACAAAAAAUCCAGACUAGACCAAGAGUUUCUUGACCUAUCAGAACAUCAUUCAUCUGAACACCUGGGUUCUGAGACGGUGCAGGUUUUCGGAUCCUUCCGCGGCUUACGGGUUUUGAAGGCCACACCCUCUGCGACCUCUGACCUCCGGAGAGAGGGUAGGUGUUCGGUUUUUAAGACGUCCAUCAGAGAGCACAGCACGGUCCGGACCAGAGUUUUCCGUCACGGCAAAACGUUCACAUCACACACACCUGACGGAGGCUGCAGGUUCCUCUGGAUUCCACUGGAACAGAACUGAACCACUUCCUCUAUUCUUGUUUGUUUUAGAUAGUUUGUGAGUGUAAAACGUGUAGAUUGAGCAACAUGAAAGCUAAUAGGAUCUGCUGAUGAUUGUGCCUUUCACGUAUGUAUAUGUUCGGUUUUGUGUAUUAAAUUUAUAGCUGCAAGUGCAAAAUACUACGGAAGCCCUUAGGGGCCUGCAUUAUUAUUAUUGUUUUCUUUCUUGUUUAAUCAUGAUCACGACUUAAUUUUCUCGUGAUCUCGAUAUAACAAGUUGUUUUCUCAUGAUCUCGACAUGACAUAAGUUGUUUUCUCGUUCUCUCAACUUAAUUUCCCCGUGAUCUCGACAUAACAUGACAAAAAU